CAACGUUUUUUACAUACAUUUUAAGGUUUAAACACACACGAUCAUUUCCAUUUUACACACAUGGACUUAUAAAAAAUUAUGGCUGGAAUUGAGUACCUCUCCCCUGAAGGUCUGCGUGUGGAUGGACGUCGCCCUCACGAGCUUCGUAAGAUACAGUGUCAGCUGGGGGUCUUCCAACAAGCCGACGGCUCUGCAUUCCUCGAACAAGGGAACACCAAGAUACUGGCAACAGUGUACGGACCACAUGACGUGAGUCGCAGAUCUCAGGCGCUCCAUGAUCGAGUGUACAUCAAUUGUGAGUACAGCAUGGCCACCUUCAGCACCUCAGAGAGGAAGAGGCGCCCUAAGGGAGACAGGUUGUCUAUCGAGAUAUCUCAAGCCCUGAGGCAGACGUUUGAAGCAGCUGUACUGACUGAGCUGUUCCCCCAGUCAAAAAUUGACAUCUAUGUUCAAGUGUUGCAAUCCGAUGGAGGUAACAGGAGUGCUUGUAUCAAUGCUGCCACCAUGGCCCUCAUUGAUGCUGGUAUUCCUAUGAGGGACUAUGUCUGUGCCAGUAGUGCCAGCUUCAUAGAGGACACUCCAAUGCUAGAUCUCAACUAUCUGGAGCAGACGUCGGGUGGUCCUGACCUGACAGUAGCCACUCUACCAAAGUCGGGGAAGAUUGUCCUCAUGCAGAUGGACUCUCGUCUCCACACCGACAGUCUGAGCAAAGUGCUGGACAUAGCCACUCAAGGUUGUAAGAGAGUGCACACCAUCCUGGACACUGUUGUCAAGAAAAACUUAGAGACAUCAUUUGCUGUAUAGACACGCUCUCAAUGAAUCAUAUUUAUAAUAAUUUUGG